CAAUUGGUUCUUCCAUUUAUGUUUAUAAUAUUGGUGGUAUAUUUCUUAUCCUUGUAAGCUUAAUUUAUUAUUAAAAAUAUGAGUCUCAAAUUGUAUUAUGAUUUAUUAUCACAGCCAAGUAGAGCUCUCUAUAUAUUUUUAAAAGUUUGCGAUAUACCAUUUGAAGGGAAAUUUGUAAAUUUAGCGAAAGGUGAACAUCUUAAUCCAGAGUAUCAAAGGAUCCAUCCUUUUCAAAAAGUACCGGCUAUUGAACACAAUGGUUUUAACAUGAUAGAAAGUGUUGCAAUUUUGAGAUAUCUCUGCAAAGAAUUUAAGGUAGCUAAUCAUUGGUACCCUCAAGACUUAAAACUUCAACUUAAAGUUGAUGAAUAUCUUGAAUGGCAGCAUCUUAAUACAAGACUAAAUUGUGCUUCAUACUUUUUUAUGAAGUACAUGAAACCAUUAUUAACUGGAAAAUCAAUGAAGCCAGAAAGUCUAAUGCAAUAUGAAAAACGCAUGAUGCAAACACUUGAUGAUCUAGAAAAUUUCUGGUUAAAAGACAAAAACUUCUUAACUGGUUCUGAAAUCAGCAUUGCUGAUAUUCUAGGGUCAUGUGAAAUAGAACAAGUUCGAAUAGUUGGGUAUGAUCCAAAAGAGAAUAGGCCUCAUUUAGCUGCAUGGAUGAAAAGAGUUGCAGAUAAAACAAGUCCUUAUUAUCAGGAAGCUCAUGUACUUUUAAAUAAGCUUACAAGUAAGGUAGAACAAGAGGGAUUAAAAAGCAAGUUUUAAUGAUCAUGAAUUUUGAAUCUAAGCUCACUCAUUUAAGAAUUACAUAAGAAUUUUUUUAUAAUUUUCUUAUAUUUGUUACAAAAUAUUUUUAUUCGUAACGUUUUAAAAACUCUGAUUUGAAAAAUAUAUAAUUUGUUUUUUAAAUAAUUGCAAGAAAUGUAAGUAAUUAAGCUAAAUUUUUUUAUUAAACAUGUAUCAGGUACAUAUGUGUGCGAAUGUAGUAAUGCUUUACUAUAUUAGAUGUGUAUGAUACGAAGUAUACCAGUCUUAUUGCACAACAAAGUUAUAUUAUUAAAUGUUAAACAUAUAUAUUAUUGUUAUUGUUGUAUUAUUAUAUGAUACUACAUUUGAAAACUACGUUUACUUUUGUAUGAAAAAGCUAUAGAAAAAUAUCUUUUUUACUCCACAUAAAAUACGUUUUGUGCAUCAAA